AAAAGAACAAAAAGUUUUUUAAAGUUACUUUCUUAUGACUGGAGAUUCGGCUACCAAAAUCGAUCGUCGGAUGUAAUAGAAUCUGGAGUUCAUCCAGUGGAAUUACUCGGACCGAGGUUAGAACCUGAGGGUGAAGACCAGGUGACUUUAGAAAGCUAUUCAGAGCGCAGGAAUUUACCAUACGAAGGGACGGAUGAGCCGUUAUUUUCCGAUUAUGGGAGCGAAAGUGACGGUGAAGACGAAUACAUUAAACGGAGACGCAGCUCGAAGUUGAUCGAUGACAACUCUGCUAUGGAAGAAGCUUUAUCAGCCGUUUAUCUUAAUUCCGGAACACUCAUAAAGAUGGCAAUCAUUGGUGUUGAGUUGCAAAAUGUUAUCAAAGUUUCCUUACGAAAGGUGAGGAUACUUUAUUUACACCGAUAUUUUAACCGCCGUGUUUAGUUUUUGUUGCACAUUUUGGUCAUAAGAUAUAUUCGGAAUAUUUUAACUUAAGAAUGUCCAGUCCUGUUAUCGGUGCUGUAAAGUCUAAGAUGCAAGGAAUGAAGCUUCAAAUUGACCAGCUUAAACAAGAGUUAUCUACUAAACAAGCUAUUUUAAGGAAGGAGGAAGAAAAUAAAAUCAAGGCCGAAGCUGAAGUCGCCUCACUACAGAAGAGAAUUCGACAGCUUGAAGAUGAAUUGGAAUCUACCGAGACUCGUCUUCAAGAGGCUACUGUUAAGCUCGAAGAAGCGAGUAAAGCUGCUGAUGAAAGUGAUCGUGCUCGUCGGGUGCUUGAGGCCCGCCAGACUGCGGAAGACGAGCGGAUUUUACAUUUGGAAUCUGUGGUACAAGAAACUGCAAAAUCUGUGAGAGAUGCAGAAACAAAAUACGAGGAGGCGGCUCGUAAGCUGGCUAUCACGGAAGUGGAACUCGAACGGGCUGAGUCUCGAUUGGAAGCUGCCGAAAGUCGUUUAAAGGAGCUUCAAUCCAUUAUUCAUGGUACAAUGGGUCAGUUAAAAUCUUUAGAGCAUCAAGAAUCUCAGUUAAAUAAACAACGUAGUCUUCAUCAAUCUCAACUUGCCUCUUUAUCAAAACAAUUGAUUGAGGCUGAACGACGUGUUAAAGAAGCAAGUCAUCAAGAGGAGAUGAAACAAAUAGAAUUGUGCAAAUUAGAAGAAACAUUGGAAGCUGAACAAUUAAAUCAUACUAAUCUACGUCGUGAAAUGGAGACAAUGUUUACUGAAGUAGAAAAUAUCUAAUCAAUAGUUUACUAUGAACAGAAAUAUUUCUUAUUCCAAUUCUUUUCAAAGGAAAUCAUCAUGAUAUAAUGCCCAGUUAUAAUAUAAACAGAUCAUAUAGUUAUACAAAUGUAUACAUAAGCAUGAGAUGAGUUAGGUAGUGCUAUGAAACUAUACAGCAUGGUAUCAUUUGGUUUGUUUUAUGCUUCAUUUCUAUAUUCUACUGAAUGCUUCUUUUCUUUUUCCAACCACUGCCUCUUCUUCCCCCGUCCUCGCACUACACUUUUGAGAAUGUGUCUUGAAAAUUUCCUUAUGGAAAUACUCUACUGCUGUUACUAUUAUUUCUUAUCAGUAAUACAUCAAAUGUGUGCUUUGUUUUCGCCUUGUGUUUUUGUUGUUGUUGUUGUUGUGUAUGGUCUUAUUAUUGGUGAAGAUUUUGAUCUUAUAGGAUGUGAUGCUAUUCUCUUUUUGUUUUUUGGUAAACAGUGAAAUUGAAGUAAACAGCGCCUAUUUAUACUUUUUCAUAGGCUACGAUCGUGGUUUUUCUGUUUGUUUGUUUGUUUGGUUACAUAAUAUCAGUAUUUUGUUUCCUACGCUAACUCCCCUUCUAUUCUCACUUUUGUCUACCAUCCCCAUAUACAAUGAGUGCCUGUUUUACCCAAAUGAUUUCCAUUGUUUAUUACGUGCAUUAUGUUUUUUAUUUGUUUCCAUGCUUGUUUAUUUACAUGAUGUAUGUUUGUGUGUGUGUGUGUGGGAAUGUAAGUGUUUAAGCUUUUGCAUAGUGUCAUUAUUAGCCUUAUGUAAUCUGAAUAUUAAUUGUUAAUAUUAGCAAACAAUUUGUAAUCAAGUACACAAACUUAUGUUCUAUUCAAUUACUAACUAUUAUGUAACUUGAGUAAAUACUUUUCUGUAUUAUAUUAGUCGAUAUAGAAUUUAGUCAGUUUUAGUUAGAUUGUUAAGUGUUUCAACUAUACUUUAUUUACUGUUUCUAUGCAUGUAACAUUGAAAGGAAACUAUGCUAGACUAUAUAUGUAUAUAUCUUGUACAAAUGCCAUGAUACGGACGAAGGUGGGAAUAGUUAGCUCUAACAUGGCCACGCCUAUACAGCCAUUGUCCGGGAAGUCCUACUCACUGCCUUCUCGAGAAGUAGAUGUUGUUUACGGAAUUGAGAAGACGAAAAGCAAAUGUCUAGUGCUUUAACCGGUUUGGUGGACACGGAGGAUACCUAUAUGGGGAGUUGGAGAACCCUCAUUCCAAAUCAAUAGUGCACAUGGCCUACAGGAUCAUGAAGGAACAAAUGGUGUAGGAACCAAUUAUUGGUCACCGUCUACCAUGGGACUGCAUCUACUGACGUUGCUUCACUUCUUUGUGGAUCAUACUUUUAAGUUGAAGGCUCGGGUAGUGGUUACCUAAGGAAACCACCUGGUUUGGUCUGGGCACUCGGUCAGUAUCAUAGCCCACACACAAAUCAAGUGACUUGUGCAGUGCAUAUGUAUCAUGUGUCCCUUUGUACUAAUAAAUAUCACGAAUUCAAUGUAAUGGUAGUUAAUCAGUCAUCUCCCCAGUUAGCUCUAUGGUGACGGGUUUGAACUUUAUAACAUCCGUUUGAUUAAGUGUUAAAACGUGAAAUUUAAACUACGGAUAACCAACCAUCAACAUUAAAGUUAAGCCUAGUUUAGGUAGAUAUCAUUCGUUAGACUGAGCAUGAUGUAUUUAUAUUUAAUUAUGUUAUUGACAAUAAUAGGUAUCUUAGUUCUUAAGUGUAGCUAAGGGAUAAAGACUUGUCCAUUUUCCUAUUAAAUAUGAGAUUCUUUAAAGAUGGUUCAUUAUCAUUGAUUGUAUUGAGUAAAAUAGUGUUAUUUAUUUAUUUGAACACAUAAAUAUUGGUACAAGAGGGGACCAAAUAUAUAUGCGCCACACAAAUCUCAUUUGAUUUUUGUGAGGGCUGUGAUACUGCCCGGGUGCCCAGACCGAAGCAGGUGGUUUUCUUAGGGGUUCACACCCGGAGCCUUCGACCUAACGAUCUGAUCUACAAGGCAGUGGAGCAUCGUAAGGAGAUGCAGUCCCAAUGUAGCGGGUGAUCAAUAAAUGGUUCAUACGUCAUAUGUUCCUUCUGGAUUCCAUGUACAUCAUUGAUUUGGGACGAGGGAUUUCCAACUUCUCUAAGUGGACUCUGUGUCUAUCAACCCGGUUAAAGUACCUGCCGGAUAUUCGCUUUUUGUCCUGUCCAUUUCGUAAACAACACCUACUUCGCGAGAAGGUAAUGAGAAGGACUUCCCUUGGAGCGGAUGUAUACGCGUGGCCAUGUGAGAACAUUUGGAGAGGGGGAGCUGACUGUCUUCACCCUCGGCCGCCCCAGAGCAUUUGGGGACAUUCGAUCCAAACACACUUGACAACUAAACCCUUACACUAGGUCAUAUGAUACAUAGUGUUACAUAAUAUCCGGUUGACAAUCAAGUUAUAAAUCAAAUAGUAGUUUUAUUAACACAAAUUAUGAGCAGUCGAUACAGAGAAAUCUGAAGCUGACAGAAUAGUCAUCAACCCAGCAUCGACUUAUUUUUCCGAAUAAUUAUUGUAAGCAUUACGACAAAGUCUAUAACUAAGGUAGAUUUCCUGUUACCGGCUGUUCUAAUUGAAAAUUAUUGAUAGAGAAAGCUUUGACCACUUGACUGAUCUUGUAACUUUCAUCAAUCAUGGUGGAUUGAUGAUUUGAUGAAACCUUGGCUUGAGUUUAGGAACUUGAUUUCUUUUUUUUGCCAAACUUUAUGUCACUUGUAGUGUAGGUGAGAUGUUCAUCUGGUAAAAGAGGGGAGAGUAUACUGUGCAACACUAAACUUAGUCUUACUUUUUGAUUACGAGACAUAACGUUUGAUAGUAGGAGGCCAUUCGUUUAAUACCAAUAUUUAACAACAUAAGUCAUGUAAUUUUGAGAUCAGCAAGUUAAUGAUUUUAAGAAUGGAUUCAGAAUAUCAGGUGUUGAUUAAUAAGAAUGUAAAUCUUACAUUGCACAUAUCCAGCCACCAUCUACGCUUAAUGUUGACUGGUGUAAAAGUGAAUUGAAAGAUAGCUUAACCAAAACAACAAUUCAUGUAAGUAACCAACUGUCCAGGGUGACCCUUGUAGUUAAGUGCAUACGACCUGGUUUAGAACUUCACAUUAACAACAAUCAGUAGUUAGAGAUCGAUUACAACACCGAUUACCACAACGCGCAAUGCUGACUAGUGUUUGGAAUGGUUGGAAGAAAGUUAGGGGCGGCCAAACUAAAACGUGGCAUCAGUACUUGAAGUCAUUAACUUUUGGUCUGAGCGAUGUUGGAAGAUGCAGACUGCCUGGUUGGGGUCCGCGUGACUAUCGUAACCAAUGGUUGGAGACUGUAGGUGACAUGGCUCAGAAUCAAUCACAAUGGCCUAAGUGUUUACACUCUUUGUCUUUCUUUAAUCGAUGAGGUUUAAAUCGUUUCAUAUCUUUCUUUCUAUGAAUUAAUUCUUUAUUCCUGUACUAUGCUCUUAUACACAAUUUUUCUUUUAUAUAUUAUCACUAUUGAAUUAACUGCUCCUAUGAAUCCGGUGUUCAUCUUGUUGUGCUAAUACGGUAUGGCAACUUGGACCGAUGCAUAUAUGUGCCUGGUCUGACUGACUGACGUUGCAGCUGACUGACCUGGUCCUACAUUGUAGCUGACUGCCAGACUGACAAUUGUAUAGAAUACAAUCACUCAUUGUUUAUGAUGAACUUGAAUACUCAAAUGUUUGUAAUAACAUAAUGUACACUUCAUUCUUUUUUUCUCACUCUCAUAGAUGAAUUGGUCACUGAGAAAGAGAAAUACAAAGCACUCAGUGAAGAAUUGGAUUCAACUUUUGCAGAACUUACUGGAAACUAAUUAUCACAUGAUUUCUAUCCUGUCUCUCUCUGGGUGUGUGUGUGUCUUUCUUUUCUCUUUAUAUUCUAUAAACUGUUACUAAGUACCUUUUUUUCGAUCCUUUCCCAAAAAGUGGCACCUUAAUUAAUGAAAUAUAUUCUGCUUAUAUAAUAUCCAAUGAUAAUUUGUAUCUUAUUAAUGUUAUCUUAACAAUAUCCCCCCCCAUAAACCAAUACUAAUGAUCAAUUAGUCUUUGAGGAAUACUUGGUUACCAUUUCUCUGAUUCAUUCUCACACCCCCCCCCCAAUAUAUUGAUUAUAUUCAUAUGUAUGUGAAUGUUUUAUUGGAUCAAAUAGCUGAGAUCAACUGUCCUAUAUUCUUUUCAUUCAUUUUACUUAUGUCAAUAAUCAUAAUGAUGGUAACAUUUAAUUAUG